GGUGGGCUUGUGCAGCCGAGGGCCUGGAGUGUGAGCCACCUUCAAGAACUGAUCCUGGUAGAUUCUCUCCAUAUUCACUGCAGCUUCUUAAAGGUAUAUUUCUUAAUAGUUAACCAACAAAAUGGAAAACUCAGGGAAAGCAAAUAAAAAGGAUGUGCAAGAUGGACUGCCAAAAGAAGUCAAAAUGCCUACCAGUGAAGCACUUCUCGACUUAAAUAGGCGCUUAAAGGAGGAGCAAAAUUGGCACAUACGGAACCUGCUUAAGGAACUGAGUGAAGAGAAAACAGAAGGAUUACCAGUUGUAACAAGAGAGGAUGUAGAAGAAGCAAUGAAGGAAAAAUGGAAGUACGAAAGAGACCAGGAACAAAAUUUGAAAGACAUGCGCAUGAAAAUAACUAGUGCUGAAAAGCUAUUUCUUGAGAAGCUUAGUGAAAAGGAAUAUUGGGAAGACUAUAAGAAUGUAGGGAGUGAACAACAUGCUAAACUCAUUACCUCCUUACAGAAUGACAUCAAUACAGUUAAAGAGAACGCAAAAAAAAUGUCAGAACAUUAUAAAAUCACUCUGGAAGAUGCCAGAAAGAAAAUAAAUAGAGAAACUUUGUUGCAGCUGGACCAAAGGAAGGCAUGGGCCACUCAGAAUGCUGCUUCAAAUUAA